AGUGAAGAACAUAUCACUAUGCUAUGUACAACAGUGCCUUCCAUUCUUUCAAUAUUUUUAUGUACACUAUGUACAGGAUACGGAUAUACACUAGAGAGUAGACAAAAACACCAAAGGUUAAGUAGUUCCCUGGGUUUAAGAAGUUAUUUCCGAGAUCCAUUAAAGAACACGCGCAGUAUCUCAAGGGAGGAAAACUGUCCGGUUAGAAACGAUUUUCAGGUUCGGGCUCAGGGUUUGAAUUGUGUACGACGGUGUAGCGUGGACGCGGAUUGUCAAAAUGACCGGAAGCUCUGUCUGUGUGACGGAGACUGCGGCCUAUCCUGUAUCCGACCUGAGAAAGAGUGCCCUGAACUACCGGACCCGGAGAAUGGUCAAGUAAACCUGAACGGACGACAUUUCCAGGAUGAAGCUAGGUAUACUUGUAACGAAGGGUAUAUGCUGGUUGGGGUUCAAGUCUCUAGAUGUCAGGCCAGUGGCAGAUGGGGAGGUGUAUCCCCAAUCUGCCGAGAGUUCUCUGCAGAUGUGGCCUCUCCGUAUUACUGUGGACAUCCACCAAAGAUCCCUAAUGCAAACCACAAUGGAUCAGACGAUCAAUCCUUUUGGGAUCUUGAUACUCAACUCACUUAUCAGUGUUACUCUGGAUAUAAGAGGGAAGGAUUUGAUCAUGCUAAAUGCUUCUACUUGAACGGAACUGCCACCUGGUAUGGUCCAGAUCUAAGAUGUCGACCUAUAGACUGUGAACCACCUGAAGAUAUAAUAAAUGGAAUUAGAACUUUCACUUGCACAACUUACAGGUGUCAGGUGAACUAUGAGUGUUUGCCUGGGUUCAAGUUAGAAGGAAGGAAAACAAGAAUCUGUGAGAAGGACGGAGUUUGGUCUCAGUCUGAGCUACCCCGAUGUGAAGCUGUAACCUGUCCUCUACCCCGUAAUCCUGGGUCAGGAAAAGCGUUGUUUACUGCAGUAUCGUAUAAGUCUACUGUAUCCUAUGAGUGUAACUACGGUUACAUGGUGGUGGGAGAUACGACCAGAACAUGUGAGAGUAACAGACAAUGGAGUGGAAGGGAACCAGAGUGUUUAGAAAUCAACUGUGGUCUUCCAGGGGGAGGAGUCAUUCCUAAUGGUUGGUUAGAGGGAUCCAGGACGUCUAUGCAUUCUGUAGUUGUGUUUAACUGUUUGGAAGGAAUGACCCUGCAAGGUGCUAAAAGUGCUACCUGUGGAUCAGAUGGAAAAUGGACCCAUCCUGUUCCUAAAUGUCUGGCUCCCUGUAUAGUUCCUGAAAUACUAAACGGAGAAUCUAAACAAGUUGGGGAAAAGAUUGUACAUGGAGGAAAUCUAAGUCUUGAAUGUGAGCCAAGGUUUGAGACUCCUUCCAACUCUUCUCCUGUUCAGUGUAAUAAUGGGACCUGGACACAACUCCCUAAAUGUAUUCCAGCCCGGUGCAAGACGAUGCCCCCGCCUCCAAAGAACGGCAUGAUCGUUGUGCCGAAGAUGGUUCAUGGUUCUGUUGGAUUAUAUCAGUGUAAGGACGGGUUCCGACUCCUUGGUAAAAAUAUAACAACGUGUAACUACGGCAACUGGAGCACCAAUCCACCAGAAUGCCAGGAAAUCAUUCAAAUAUCAAAUCAUAAACUUUUUGAUGUAAAUACACAUAUUUUUUACCUAACCUAA